AUGAAUUUCAUGUUCAUUAAGUCUGAAACCAAGACCCCAGGGGGAUUAUUAGCUCGUCCCGUUUUCUCUAGCAUUUACAAGAGUCGUCAGUUCAGAAGCAAUAGUCCCUAUGCAAACUACACGAGUCCGAUUGAAGCCAUUCUCUGCCUAGACUCUUACCAAAUCAUGUUCUCCCAAAUACUUUGUGGCCUCUGCCAAAAUAGAGAAGUCGUUCGUGUUGGUUCUGCAUUUGCAUCUGGCUUCAUCCGUGCUAUGCGGUUCCUGGAGGAUCACUGGUCUCUACUAUGUAACGAUAUCCGAACAGGAACUAUUAACGACAAAGUUACUGAUCCUUCAGUGAGAGAGGCUGUGAUGAAAAUCCUCAAACCAGACUCGGAGUUGGCUGAUUUCAUCGAGGCUGUUUGCAGCAAGGAUUCAUGGAAAGGGAUAAUCACUAGGCUGUGGCCUAAUACCAAGUACGUGAACGGAAUCAUGACUGGAAGCAUGUCUCAAUAUAUACCAACACUCGAUUAUUACAGCAAUAGCCUCCCUAUCGUCAGUGCUAUGUAUGCUUCCUCGGAGUGUUUCUUUGGACUCUAUCGAUACAGGGUUGGUGAUGUGCUUCGGGUUGCUGGAUACAAGAACAAUGCGCUUCAAUUCAACUUUAUAUGCCGGGAAAAUGUAAUAUUGAGCAUUGAUUCUGAUAAGACUAAUAAAAUUGAGCUACAAAAUGCAGUUAAAAAUGGAGAAAACAAUCUGAUGCCAUUCAAUGCUCGUGUAACCGAGUACAUGAGCUAUGCUGAUACUGCCACCAUUCCUGGCCACUACGUCUUGUUUUGGGAGCUGAGCGUCAACACCUCUGCCCCAGUUCCUCCGUCAGUCUUUGAAGACUGUUGCCUUACCAUUGAAGAAUCUCUCAACAGCGUGUACCGCCUGGGUCGUGCGUCUAACAAAUUCAUCGGUCCUCUCAAAAUCAGGAUAGUGAAAACUGUUAAACUGAUGCAUUAUAAUGCUCACACACACACACGAAAGUCAUUGAAGCAGAGAAGAGAAGAAGGAAAGAGCUAA